CAAAGCAAUAGAAACUCUCUCUCUCUCUCUCUCUCUCUCUCUCUCUUCCCGCUGCUCUUUCGCCGCCGAUCUCCGCCACGCAAAUGGCGAAGAGCGUGGCCGGCGCCGCGUUCCUUAUCGCCUCCAGACCUCGCCUUCUUUACUCUCUUCCAUCGAUCUCCUCGGCACUCUCGUCGACCUUACCGAGAACGUCGCCCAUCCCGUCCACUUCCCCUUCCCCUUCCCUCGUUCCCUUCCCUCUCUUCUCUUCCAAAACCCAGUGGAGAUGUUUCCGUAUCCCCACUCUUUGUUCUCAAUCUCCUGGUCCGUUCUCGGGCUUCUUCGCCACCCUCCGUGGAUUUCGUAAACUGAGGCGGCGGCCUGCGGUGAAGAAGCAGCCUCCUCAGGAGAAGCAAGUCGAGCUCAAAGUCAAUAUCUGCAUCGAAGAGCAAAUGCCUGACGAUCCUGAAAUUCUGAGCAUAGCAGAAAUGCUUAGGUUGAAUGUUCCCAUGGCGAUGAAGAUUGCACUUGAUGGCCUUAAGGAUUCAGAGUAUAAAACCAGGGAUACUUCUAUAAAUGAUGUUGGUAAAUAUGAAAAGAUUGAGAUAUCUUUGUUGCUUUGCAAUGACAAUUUUAUUAGUAAACUAAAUAAAGAAUGGAGAGGCGAAGACUGUGCUACAGAUGUUCUGUCAAUGCCACAGCAUAUUCCUGAACUUGAUAUUCCCAUUUUAAUGUUAGGUGAUAUCAUAAUCUCUGUUGAAACAGCUGCUCGAAAAGCUGAGGCAAGAGGCCAAAUUCUUAUUGAUGAAAUUCGGAUGCUCAUGAUUCAUGGUCUAUUGCACCUUCUGGGUUUUGAUGAUGAGAUAAGUGAUGAAGCUGAAGCAGAAAUGGAGAAAGAAGAAGAACUAGUUUUGAAGAGUCUUGGGUGGAAAGGGAAAGGUUUAAUUAAGAGUGCACGUGAUGUCAAUGUCAGACAGAUUCAGGCAGGACGAUCAGAUGGGAAUGCCAUCAACGAAACCGAGAGAGCUGGUAGCCUGCGGUUUUAUAAACCAAAAUUCAGAUAUAUCUUCUGUAAUAUGGAUGGUACACUUUUGAACAGUAGAAGUCAAAUUAGUACAGAAAAUGCUGAAGCUCUAAGGGAAGCUAUUUCAAGAGGAGUAAACAUUGUGUUUGCUACUGGAAAGACUCGUCCAGCUGUUAUAAGUGCUCUAAAGGUGGUUAGCCUGGUCGGAAAAGGUGGUGUUGUUUCUGAGGUUUCGCCUGGUAUCUUCUUACAGGGCUCACUUGUUUAUGGGAGACAAGGGGGUGAGAUUUUCAGGAGAAGUUUAGGCCAAAAUAUUUGUAGAGAGGCUUUUUUAUAUUCUUUGGAGCAUGAAGUUCCUCUAAUAGCAUUUUCCCAGGACAGAUGUCUAACUUUAUUUGAGCACCCUUUGGUAGAUUCGCUGCAUUUGGAUUAUCAUGAACCAAAGGCCGAGGUGAUGCCUUCAGUUGAGCACCUUCUGGCCACCGCAGAUAUACAGAAACUGGUCUUUCUCGAUACUGUUGAGGGAAUUUCAUCUACUCUGCGACCGUAUUUCAUAAAAGCCACCGAAGGUUGGGCGGGUAUAGUCCAAGCACAACCAGGUAUGCUUGAAAUUGUUCCUGCUGGAAUUUCAAAAGGCACUGGGGUUAAAAUGCUACUGGAUCACCUCGGCAUACCUGCUAAAGAGAUUAUGGCUAUCGGUGAUGGAGAGAAUGAUGUUGAGAUGCUUCAAUUAGCAUCACUAGCCGUUGCGCUUGAAAACGGAUCAGAUCAAGCUAAAGCCGUGGCUGACGUGAUUGGAGAAUCGAACAAUGAACAUGGUGUCGCAAAGGCUAUUUAUCAGUAUGCUUUCUAAACGCAAUGAAAUUCAACCUAUGGUUCAAGUUCUGGCGAACGAUUAUGUUCGGCAUCGAAUCGAUUGAACUGAUUUUUAUUCAAUUAACUUCAAGGAAAUUAACCUCUUGUUGCAGUGUCAACUAAAAAAGAAUAAUGUCGCGAAACUUUAUUAAUGGUAUUUAUAUUUUUUGUGCA